AUGUCUUCAGAACUAGGCGGGACGGCGGCCUCAACCACCAUGGAUCCUCCGACGACGGAAAGACCACCGAUUUUCUCCCUCUCACCGGAUCUUAUUGUUCAACUGUCCAAAGAACUCGACGAAGAUGAUUUACUUGCUCUUCGGAUGACCUGCAAGGAAUUAAAUUUCAAAGUCAAAGAACUCCACCUCGAUGCUCUAUUCUCCACCCGUACCGUCUAUUUUAUCCCUGUCAGCCUUGAGAAUCUGUUGAAAGUCGCCAAACACCCUUCGGGAAUCAACAAGCGGGUACGGAAUCUACGAAUCUGCCCCACUUCACCAUAUAUAAACCCAGAGAGGGAAGUUCGUAGGAAGCUCGAAGAACAAUCUAAAAAUGAGAAACCGGGGUUCUGUGGAUCCAUGCCGGCCAGCCUUGUGUUGAAGAUGUACGAACAAUCCAAAAGCGAAUGGCCGGGGGUUCAGCACAUGCACAAAUGGGACUUGGUUCCUAAUAUGCUUACAAUGGCGUUCAUGAAUUUUCCAAAUAUCCAAGCUAUCGAGUUUGAGUGGCGAAGAAACCAUCGCGUGACUCGUUCUGAGUUCUCAUUGCUUUACCCCACGGUCGGGUUGGGCCCUGGGAAGCGUCUAAUCCCGGAUUUGGUCAACGCUAUGACAGUUUAUAGUAUCCCGCUUGAGUAUAAACACGUCGGGUACUGGAAUUAUACCAUGAAUGCGGCGGUUGUCGCUGGGAUUUCGACCUUGGAAAAAAUCAGUGAUAGCGGUUUGUUCGGUGAUGGGAUACCUUUGACUUGGUUCACUACACCGCCUCUACAACUGACGCGGAUGCAAUCUACAUUAUCGAACUUACGGGUCUUACAUAUCAGUUACACUGAGACCGAUCGAAGGACUAGGUCCCUCCCGCUACCCCCACCCGGUGCUCCUCCACCUCCUGCACCUACAGGGAGACGAAACUUCUGCAAAUGGAUUGAGUCAAUGGCGGGUACUAUUGAAAAACUCAGACUGGAAGAUCUAUCAUCCUCAGCCAAUAGAUACGCCGACGGAUGUCCCCUCCCAUGUUUACCGAAGUUGAAAAACGUGGAACUCUCGGGGAUGAGUCUAAAAGUCGAGGCCCUCAAGGCGUUUAUCGAACCUUGCAAGGACAGACUUAGAGAUAUCUUCCUAUCCCAAUGUAUGUUGGAAAACCCGAAGGAAGAAUGGUUCGAGGUUUUGAAACUUAUCAAGGAAUGUAACGGUCUGUCGAAAUUCCAAAUCGUACAAAGAGGUCAAUGGAGGAAACAGGAAAGGUUCCCGGAUAUUGAAGCUUAUGGAGACUGGAUGUCGGGGAAAGCUCAGUGCCAAGUUAUUCCGUCGACUCAAGAGAGACAUGGCGCAUAUACCUACACCGAAGCAUCACAUAUACUAAACAAGAAUUUGGCGAAAGAACUGGACACUCAUCAGGAGGCCGACGACUUUUGGGAUUCUAUUACCAAUAAUAAGUGGAAACAGUGGCCGGAGUCGAAUUCGAGACGGGUUCUUAGGAUUAAUAGAACAUUCACUUUUGAUGAUGACGAUGAUAAUCCUGCUGCUUCUCCGCCUCAGUCGCCUAGUUCGGAGGGUUCGUGGUAG